AUGGGCAAUAUCUCCACGGCAGGACGAUGGCACAUGUCGCAUGUGACCCUCUCCUACCUCCGUGGGGUGGCGGAAACGCUCCCGUGGGCCGGGGAGCGGAGGGCAAGUCGGGUGGAGCCGUGGCUCCCGUCCUGGGAGGGCUCACGGCCGGUCGCUCCAUCUGCAGAGGCCGAGGAGGCAAACCCGGAGGGCCUGCCCUCGGUGUGGAGCGCGCUCAGCAGCUACGAGAGCAUCCGCGCGCUCGGGAUCUCCGACAUCAAGAACUGGAAGGACCCCUGCCAGCGAGAACUCUACGACGUGCUGGCCAAGCUGGCCCAGGAGCGGACGAGGGUGGGCGACGGCCUCUACAAGUUCUACCUGCCCAACUGCCACAAGAACGGGCUGUACCACUCCAAGCAGUGCAUGGUGUCCCUGCAUGGAGAGACGGGGGUCUGCUGGUGUGUGUACCCCUGGAACGGGCAGAGGAUCGUGGGGUCCAAGGAGGUCAUCGGGGACCCCAACUGCGAUCAGUAUUUCCCGAAAGCAGACGCAGCCUGACCGGCUCCUUCAGUGAAACGUUUAAGUGCACGGUGUGUUCAUGCUCCGACACACGCUCCGUGUGAGGGGUAGAGGGGCGCUUGUAUACUCCACACGCUAUCGCUUCUGAAGCUGUAGUCUAUUUAUUCACUGUGAGUUUAUUUUUCUACACAAGAACCUGUGCUCUAGUAACUUAUAUGCCACGGCCGAGCCGGGGACGAUCCCGCCGGGAAAUGCAGUCACUCGGGAGCCUUUCUCCUCGGGACACGCAGGGGCGCUCCGGGCGCCAGGGGUGCGUGUGCAGGAGCUGAGGGGGGGUGAAGGCUGGAGACGCGUCGAGAGGCGGCCACACGGCUGCAGGAAGCGGGCGCGGGAUGCAUUGUCACUCAGGCUCGCACGAUGUAAACAAAUAAACGGCCUACUCGGCA